UUCUUGUGUUUGUUCGUCAAGACAACGUUUUUAGUUCAACCAGGAGUCCUCACCAAAAAUGCAUUUGAAAGAGAUGAUAGUAUAUUUCGUUGUAAUGAACAUUUUAAUUCUAAUAAUCUUAGUAUGCAAACGAGAAAAAUAUGAGAAACAAUAUUAUAAUUAUGAUAUUGAUCACCGACACGUGAAAAAGUGGAAGGAACGUCUAUUAAAGUACCCGGAGAUGGACUUGUCAUGCCACGAGACGAGAAAGGGGGACAAACUACAGAUACUGAACGCAAGUUUGAUACGAGAAAACUCCAUAUUUUUCAUAGAAACGUCUUGCAUGGGCUAUUUGUCAUCCCGCCUCGCUUGCUCUGUGGAGUCCGCUGCAAGAGCCAACAAGGACCGUCAAGUAUUCGUCCUAUUCUCGUCAUCUGUGUCAGCAGCCACGCUGAACAGCACAUCUAUACUCCGUACUCUGCAACGCUCCUACAAAAAUUUGAAGUUUGUGCGAGUUUUAAUCAAAGAUUUAGUUAAAAAUACGCCGAUACACAGCUUCGUACACAAACUGAACAAAUUCCAAUUGGAUAAACGUACGCCGCGGAUCCUAAAGUUUUUGUUAUUGUACAAAUUUGGUGGGAUUUAUUUGAGUUUUGACGUCAUUGUGGCGAAAAGGUUUGACCUGUGUGACACUUGGUUCGUUAAGGAUACGCCGCAGACUUAUUCAGUAGAUAUGUUUGCGUUCUCAAGAAGUAAGGUUGGCAAGAAACUAGCUGAGGCAGCUCUGAGGUUACUAGUGGAGCCUCUCGUAUCGCUAGAAGAAAAUUGGAGCUACGACACUACGUCCAUCAUUUCACAGAUAGUAGUCUUGAAUACUUUCGGAAUUAAUGCUACCUCUUGCAAAGAAUUAGGCUUCGAAGUUUACGAGCCAGAUAAAUUCUACCCAUUGAACUUCUACGAAAGAGAUGCGUACUUCUGGGUCGGGGAACAAAAAGUGAUGAAGAAAAAAGACGUUUAUACCUACCAUACUUACUAUCGGUUCACUAAACACCGUAUACUGACAUCGAUGUCAUUUUACGGGAAAAUAGCGCAGCUCUAUUGCCCCGUAACGUUUAAAUAUUACAAUAAGAAUUUUGGUUCAUAAUAUGUAUAUUAGAUC